UCUUUUUUUUUUUUUUUUUUUUUUUAAUGCAAUAAUAUUUUUUAUUUUAUCAUAGAAAAUACCAUUGGCUAGGUUGAGGUCAAUAGGCGAAGGAUUCAUCAAGUAAUCUUGCAACUAAACGUGUAACAUUUCAGAAAACUAUGGAUACACAUACAUCACCGCGAUAAGAAUGAUAAACGAUCUGUUUGACAUCAUGAUUUCAUACAUGGUGACGUAAUAAGUAGUAGUCAGGCUUUCCCUAAAGCCGAAAACAUACUGAUUAGUAGACUGCGAAUUUUUGUGCAAAUAUGUAUUGUUGACAAAAAUUGAGGAACAGACUAAUCGUUAAUCUUUAUAUUUCUUUAUAUUUCCGUUCUCUUUAUUACGUUUAAACGUAUUCAAAGAAACCUUAUUUAGUUACACGGAUUAUUACGAUCUUCCAAUGUUAUUUUUUAGUUCUAACUAAUUAUUCCAUUUCACGAGAAAUACAAAUAAAUUCGCGAUAAUAAACGUAUUAUUAUUCAAUCUAACACGCAGGAUAAUUAAUCAAAUUAUUAAAUAUAAAUUAUUAAACGAUGACAAGUUGUUGUUUGAACAUUACGAAAGGAAAUAUUCGCGAUUAAAAGAUUGAGAAAUAAAUAUGGAUGAAAUUCAAUAAUUAAUCGAUCUUCGUCUUUUCAUAAAUGUGAAAUAAUAAAUCAUUCUAAAUCUCUUUGCGCUAAGCCCGGUAUAUAUGACUUACGAUAAUAUGCGUUUUUCCAGUAUUCGAUCGCGAGUAAUCUCCUCGCUCGAUCAGCUCGUCAUUAUCAUCAUCCGUUAUCAUUGUUCUGCAGGUAACAGCCAGAUAACAAGUGGUCUUUACGGUUAGUUCUACGUCUUUACUCCCGGAAUGCGGACUUUGUUCCCUGUUCCGCGCUCUCGUAUGAACACGUACGAUAAUAAUUUCCAUCUUUCUCGUUCGAUCGUUGAACCAAUGUCGAGUUCUCGACAUCUUCCAACCGCAAAAUUUACGACCGCGCGAUAAAUCUCACAGUUAUUAGUGCAAUUUCCACCAUGGGAUAGCUCGUGUGAUAAAGUUUAACUUUUCAAAAAAAAAAAGAGAGAAACACAACGAGAGGGGGAUACAAAGAGAAAAAAGGGGAGGGGAAGACUCGAGGAAGGAUUGCAUUGCAGCGCUCAAGGAUGGCUGAUUUACAUAACAGAGAUGGGAGAUCUUCCUUCGAAACGCGGGUUCGUCCCCGUCCAAGUCGAUUAAUUCCGGCCAAUUAACACCAUAUACUGUCAAUUACAGAUUCGUCGAGUCACGACGACGUGCAAUUGUUGUACCGUUACUCUCAAACUCGCUUUUACCGAGCAAUUCCGCCUAUAUCUCUUUGUUAUCCUUUUCGCAUUCUCUCUCUCUCCCUCUCUGUCUGUCUUUUUCUAUUGUUUCUCUUCUCCUUCUUAUACAUGUGAUUUUUUUUCUUAUUUCUUUUAAAUUUAUUCGAACUUGGAAACGUGCGAGUGAUUGUUAAGUUGAUAAUAAACGAAUGUGACACGAAUAACGUGACCAGCUGUUAUUACGAGUGCAUGUAUCGAACGUAAAAGAGCUCGUUCCUUUUUUCUCUCUCUCAUUGAGUGGACGGAGACACGUGUAGAGAGAAAUUAUCAAUGGAUUGGUGUUAUGAGAGAGGAAAAAAUAUAAAUUCCAUUGAGGUAAAUUCCAUUCCUGUGAAAGUGGAAACGUUAAUGGUGGAAAAAUGAAAAUAGAAAUUUUUGAGGGAAACGAGGAAUAAGAAAAUGUAAAACUGGGUGGAAUAAUAGAGAAGAGGGGGGAAAAAAGAAAGAAUUAUUCUCGUUUGACAACUGUCACAGAUAAUUCAAAUAUUUUUUCGCGUGAAUAUAUAAAGAUGAUCGCGAUAGGAUAGGCAGAAACGCAUGAGGGAAAUUACCUCAACGAGGAGGAAUGCGAAACCGCAGGAUUUCGAUGAAUCAGAGCCAGAAGCAUCUCCCGGCAAAAAUUCGUUUCCGAUGAGAGGAGAAAAAUUCUUGUAUCCUCGCGAGCAGCCUAUCCUUAACUCGAAUUAAAUUAUAAUUUAAUAAUUUCGAGCAUGGGAUGAUCGAUCGAAACGGCCAAGUGGUCUGUGAGAAAAUUAGAACUUGUACCUGAAUAUCGUUAGAAAAAGGGAGGAGUGGUAUCGAGGAGAGAAUAAUCGAGAGAGAAAAAUGUCGUGCAGGAAGAAGAUCGAUUCGAAACUUUGGUUCGAAUAUUCUCAGAUGAUGGAAACCGAGGUACGGACGCUCAAGCAAGAGCUGGUUCGUACCCAAGAGGCCUUGAAGGCGGCCACAAAGAGAUGCCGUGAUCUGGUGAAAGAGCUGGACAAUCGCACCACGAGUCACGAGUCCGAGAGGAGUCUUCGAGAUCAACAGUUGUCGCGUAUACUUCGCGCUCUGCUGGUGCUCGAGGCACGGCUCAAGCAGGAGCAGAAAUCAAUCAGGCAGCUGCUCUGCGAGAAGGACAACGUGAUCAGGAACCAGCAGCUCGAAAUCGCGAGGCUCAGACGCUACACCAAGAAUUACAUCAAAUGUAAACGCGAACAGACGCUUGGUAAAUCGUCUAUGAAGGUCGAAACGGCGACCGAUAUCGAGAACAACGAUCUUCAAACGUCCAACGUCGAUGUUAGCUCGAGGCAGGAUUGCAGUAUUAGUAAAGACAUUGAGAAUUUGAAAUGCGAGAUAAUCACAAAACUGAAUCCGUUAGAAGUACCUGUUGCGCUGGACGAUCUGGACAGAGGGGUGAAGAAAACGCACAGCUUUGCCGGGAGCGACAUCUCGAAAACAAGUCUGACGAGCAGCGAGAAUACGGAUAUGUCGAUUAUCACGACCACCACGGAGGGCAGUCCCUCGUUGCUCAGCACCGAAGGUUUUUGCGAGGGCGAGAGCACCGAUGUCUCGCCGAGUUCCACGUUGAAUAAAUCCAAUAGGUGUACGCCGACAAUGGUUACCGACAGCGAGAACGAGACUACGAUGAUAUACGACGACGAGGACGACGACGAGGAAGAGAAAACGAUGAUUAUGGAGAACGGUUGUAAAUUAUCGAAGAAAAAGAUGGGGAUCGGCAGGUCGAGAACGCAGAAAGCGUUGAAGGAAAUGGAUGUGAUCGAAUCGACGAAUAUCGCGAGGACAGAGAGCAAGGACGAUGGAAUGGAUUGCAAUUUUGCCUCGGGGGACGAACAGGAGAAGGAACAGGAACCUAUUUACGUAAAUUCUUUCAGUGAGACGAAUUCGAGGAACCAUGCGGAAAAUGUAAUCACGUCGAAAAUGAACGAGGAUUAUAGUAAUAAUAAUGGCAACAGCAAUAAUGCCGGGAGCAAUAAUAAUAGUAUAUCCUUGAAAAUGGAAAUCGAAGAGCAUAACGUAGAAGAUACCAGCGGGAACUGGUACAGCGAUCCUGACGAAGACAAAAUGAACGACGAUGUUUUCAGACACAGCAUGUAUCGACCGAAUAGCAAUCAUAAUUCUGUUCUGGAAUGCGUUAAUCAGAUCCUCUUGCGAGAUAUGGAGGACGAAGAAAACAUUCUUUCAAUGUCCAGAAGAUUUAAACAUCGAGGGAGAAUUGUACGGUUUCAACCGGCUAAAUUAUCGGACAUCGAGUCUGUAGGAUCUGAAAUGGAAAGGAAAAACUCCGAAGAAGGUAUUAUAGAAAAAGAAUCGGCUGAUAGCGAGUUCACCGAUGUUCCUAGCAACAGUUUCGAACCUACUGCUACGGAAGACGAGUUUGGCAUGAGUCUUACUCAAAAUGUCUCAACUUCAAACGUUACAACUACGAUCACGAAUCACGAGUCGAGUCUUGAGGAAGAAUCGGAAGAAGCAAAAGCUAUUCCAAUUGUCAUUAUAGAGCCAAAGAUCAAGAUGGAAGAAACGAGACACGCAGCUUUCCAAUCUUCGCAAGUAUCGCAAAAGAUUAAAACAUCUGUAAAUGCCUCGAAUCCGCCUUUGAAAUUGGAACGAAUUGAGGAGAAGACUUGUUUACAGAUGUCUACGAAGGGACUGACUAUAGCAAAGAAUUUAGAUUACGAGGAUAUCGAAUCGCUUCCGGAAAUUAUAUCACCACCUCCUAAAACACCUCCUGCCUUGCCUCCAAAACCACAGUUUAAAAAUAACACGUUGAUCUUAAAAAAAAUUCCUAGUCCUUCGUUUCUGAUCGAUGAGACACGAAAAAAACAACAGUUUCUCGAAUCCGGUUCGUCUGAACACAGCAAGAAGAUAUUUGGUUUUAUAUCCUCUCCUUUAAAAUCUACGGGGAUUAAUGUAUCGUCUGCGAGAAGCUUGAAUUUCGAUGAUACGAUUAAUAAAGGUACAGGAAACAACGAAGAAGGGAACUUCUGGAAGAACAGAUUCAACAAUGUUCGAUCCUCCUUUCAAACGCGUCAGAACCACGAAAUUAGUGGAGAACAAAUGCGAAAAAUACCCAAAGUCACCAAUAUUGUUCGUCAUUUUGAAGAAUUUAAAAUUGGUGAAUCGGAAGAUCAAGCAAAAAAACGCACGAAAACGAAGGAAAAACACGUCCAUUCAGAAUUCGAUCAAGAAUUUGAUAUCAGACAAAAUUUUGAGGAAUUCAAUUUGGAUGAAUGUGAUCUAUCGGAUGAUCCAGAUAGACCGGAAGGUGAUGGAUCGGAAAGGCUUGGCAAUCUUGGGGUAACAAUUAGUCAGAAUGAGAAAACUGCUGCAACCAAAGACAAUAAUAAUGUUCCUCUCGCUGCGAGCAAUUCGAAUAGCGGUUACGAUCACUUUCUAGAAGCAACAGGUCUUAGCAACAAAUCCAUACUGACUCCCUCAAGGUUAUUGAGUAACCAUAAGAGCAUGCUAAAGCCGAAAGAUGUAAAGUAUAAGAACAAAAUCAAAGCAACAGCGGUUAUGGAAAAACAUGGUGUUUCCACAACGAAUACCACUCAUGUUAGACAUUGGACAGGCCCAUUUGUCUGACGAUUGGCACAAGUUUUUCCAAGAAAUCUGUUUCGACAAGAAACAUCCGACGAAAGAAGAUAAAUUAGACAAAUAUGAUCUAUAUUAACGAAAGUUGAAAGAAACCGUGGUUCAAACAAAAUUCUUCUUUGUACAUGAAAUAUAUAAUUUCGUGUAAAUUAUUAUUAAUAUUCUUUCCUCUUUUUAAUAUUUUAUCAGAUUUUUUGUUAUUAAAGAAAUUGAAAGAUACGAGAGUUAAUUUAUUUAAUUAAAUUUGAAAAAUAUUUUUAUGUAUUGUAUAUUUUAAUAAAAUAUGUCCUACUUAUUUAAAAUAUUAAUGCAAUUGACAAAAUAAUUAAUUGAAUAAUAAUUGACAAUAUUAUACAUACAUUAAUAUUUAGUUCUUUCGCUGUAAAUUGCAAUUAGUAUUUUAUUUACUACGGAAAUGUUUUUAUGAAAACGUUUUUAUUUUAUUUUUUACUGAAAAUUCUGAAUAAAAAAUUAAAAAUGUUAAAUAAAUAAUAUUGUUAUAUUGUAUGAAAUGAAACAAAUAGACAAAUUCAUUAUAAUAAAAUAUGAUUAUAUAAAUUUAAA